UCGGUCGGUCGGUCGAUGGAUUGGGAAAAAAUGUAUUCAAAUGGACUGCUAAAGGAUGCAAUUAGCAACAGAUCAAUUUGCACGCCGAUUCGAUUUUCUCACGAUCGCCCGUCGAACAGUGGUACAAGCGAUGGAAAAACGACAACCGGACAAUCAACGAAUGCCGCAGAUGAAAAGAUUCCGCCGCCACCGACCAAUUGCUGUAUGAGCGGGUGUGCGAAUUGCGUUUGGAUACAAUAUGCUGAAAAAGUAUCGUCAAAAUUACAAGGUGGAUCAGAUGCUGUACGGGAAAUAAUCAUGAACGAAGUGCAAGACACAAACAUGAGAUCCUUUCUCGAAAUGGAACUUCGACUGCAUAAAUUGAAAGAGACAAAACAAUUGAAUGAACAAUCAACUAGGAAAUAAGUAGAACCAAAUGAGUUACCAUAUUUCUUUAGUAGUUUAAAUAGAGACAUAGGCGUUAUUUGAACAAUUUUUUUUUGGUUUGCUCCGCGAAAAGUAUUUAUUUUAAAUCUCAUUAAAUAUCAUUGUUUGGAUUCGGGAUAAUUGUUGAAAUAAACAUUAAUAAAAAAAAAACAAAGUGAAACAACAACAAUCG